AUGGUUGUCUUCAGCAAAGUUACCGCCGCUCUCACUUGCUUUUCGGCCGUUGCCUCAGCUGCCGCUGUUCCGGUCAAGAGCCCCCGUCAGGGCUUCAGUGUGAACCAGGUGCAGAAGACUGUCACCGGCACCCGGACUGUUAACUUGCCUGCUGUGUACGCCAAUGCACUGACCAAGUACGGUGGUACUGUCCCAGCCGCCGUUCACGCUGCUGCCGUGAGUGGUUCUGCCAUUACCACGCCCCAGGACAACGACGUUGAGUACCUCACGCCCGUCACGAUUGGCGGCUCAACCUUGAACUUGGACUUCGACACUGGUUCUGCUGACCUUUGGGUAUUCUCUACCGAGCUCUCUUCUUCAGAGCAGUCGGGUCACGACGUCUACGACGUUACCAGCUCCGGCAAGAAGCUGGCUGGUGCUAGCUGGUCGAUCUCAUACGGCGAUGGCAGCGGUGCCAGUGGUGAUGUCUACACGGACACUGUCACCGUUGGUGGAGUCAAGGCCACCGGCCAAGCUGUUGAGGCCGCUAAGCAGAUCAGCCAGCAGUUCGUGGAGGACAAGAGCAACGAUGGUCUGCUGGGUCUGGCCUUCAGCUCCAUCAACACUGUCAGCCCCACGCCUCAGACAACCUUCUUCGACACCGUCAAGUCCAACCUUGACAAGCCCCUGUUCGCUGUGACUCUCAAGCACGGCGCCCCUGGCACCUACGACUUUGGCUACAUUGACAGCAAGAAGUUCACCGGAGAUGUGACCUAUACCGACGUUGACAACUCCCAGGGUUUCUGGUCCUUCACCGCCGACAGCUACAAGGUCGGCAAUGGUGCUGCUGGCUCUUCUAUCAACGGCAUUGCUGAUACUGGUACCACCCUCCUCCUGCUCCCUGACUCUGUUGUUUCCGCCUACUACAAGAAGGUUACCGGCGCCAAGAACAGCAACUCUGCUGGUGGCUACGUCUUCUCUUGCAACGCCGUUCUGCCUGACUUCACUGUGACCAUUGGUGGCUACAACGCCGUUGUUCCCGGCAAGCACAUCAACUACGCUCCCGUCUCGACUGGUAGCUCCCAGUGCUUCGGUGGUAUCCAGAGCAACUCUGGCAUUGGCUUCUCCAUCUUCGGUGAUAUCUUCCUCAAGAGCCAGUACGUUGUUUUCGACUCCGAGGGACCUCGUCUUGGCUUCGCCGCCCAGGCAUAA